AUGAGGAAAGAGCAAUACAAACAUGUUAUAAUUAAACACACUUUUUUCUUUAAUUCCAUUACUCAUCUAACAUGUGCUCUACUGUCCCAGACUCCAAAAGCUGUUUGCUCAGAAAUCUGUCCACAAGGUACAAGGAAAGCACAAAUUAAAGGUUUACCUCUGUGCUGCUUUGACUGUAUCCCAUGUGCUGAUGGCUCUAUAUCAAACACAACAGGAGCAACAGAUUGCAUCAACUGUCCUGAAGAGUACUGGUCUAAUGAAAGAAAAGACAGCUGCAUCAUGAAAAUAAUAGAGUUUCUUUCAUAUACUGAGACAAUGGGGAUUGUUCUUAUGGUCCUGUCAUUAUUGGGUGCCUGUUUAACAUUUUCUACUAUGGUGGUGUUCAUACACUUUAGAGACACACCAAUAGUUAAAGCAAAUAAUUCAGAGCUGAGCUUACUUUUACUUCUUUCCCUUAUAUUUUGCUUCCUCUGUCCUCUCACAUUCAUUGGUGAGCUAACAGUCUGGUCCUGCAUGUUGCGUCACACAGCAUUUGGUAUUGCCUUUGCCCUCUGCAUUUCCUGUAUGCUGGGGAAAACUAUAGUUGUGGUAACUGCCUUCAGAGCAACAUUACCUGGGAACAAUGUGGCAGAAAAUUUUGGACCACCUCAACAAAGGGCCAUUGUGUGUUCAUGCACUGCAGUUCAAAUAGUUAUUUGCAUUCUUUGGCUAAAUGUCGCACCACCAUUCCCAGAUAAAGUCUUUGAGCAACGCAGUAAAAAAAUUAUUUUGGAAUGUAACACAGGCUCAGAUGCUGCAUUUUAUGCUGUUCUAGGAUACAUUGGCCUUCUUGCCAUAGUUUGCUUGGUCCUGGCCUUUUUAGCCAGAAAGCUACCUGAUAAUUUUAAUGAAGCCAAAUUCAUCACAUUUAGUAUGCUUAUAUUCUGUGCGGUUUGGAUCACCUUUAUUCCAGCUUAUGUCAGCUCGCCUGGAAAGUAUACAGUAGCUGUAGAAAUAUUUGCAAUUUUGUCUUCAGCUUUUGGACUACUGUUAUGCAUUUUUGUGCCAAAAUGUUACAUCAUUUUAAUCAAACCAGAGAGAAAUACAAGAAAACAUAUAAUGGGAAAUAAUCCAAAGGUUAGUUAAUUGUAAGUUUUACAUAGUGCUGUUCCAAAAAAUAUUAUAUUCAUGUCAAAAUAUGCUGUACAGCAUCAUCCAAAAAUACAGUGUUCUGACACACAUCAGAAACACUGUAACUGAUGGUAAUGAAUACUGUAAUUUGUCACUUCUAUGAAGCUCAGCUUACUGAUACUACAUUUGUAAUAUAAGUAAAGUGAAAGAUGUAAAUCCUACAGAUGUAGAUGCUGUAAAACUUGAUCAUGCAUUAUCUAUCAUAAUUAAAGUAAUUUACGUAGGCCUAUAUUAUUUUCUUACAUUUUUUUUUUCUUUUGUUUUAUUUUAAUUCCUUCAGUGGUUUCAAAAAAGGUUUAAACUACCUGUAAACCAGUAGGUAUAAUUCCAGAAUUAUACCCAAAUAACUUAUAACUUAUAAGUAAAAAUAACAGAAAAUAGUUACAUUAUUUAUCCUCUGUAAUCAAAUGAAAUGGUAACAACUACCCUGCCAGCAGAAACCCUCUUGUUAAUUUUUGUCAUCUAUUAGGCUAUGUUCACACACCAGGCAAAAAUGGCCAAAAUUUUAGGAUGGAAAAUAUGAUACUGAAUCAAAGAUCACAAAAUUUAAUUAGCCAGGUAAUGCACGACCAAGUGAUAAACAAUGAGAGAUGGAGAACUAAAACAUUAAAGAAUUUUGGAGGCAAGUUUUUAUUACCAUUUAUCUUCUUAUCUUGAUGAAUUAAAGUUUGAAGCAACUUGGCAAAUGCGGAGUGCCACUGAAAUUAGCCUAAAGCUAAGUAGAGUUAGCUGAUUAGCAGAUUUUCCUUGAAGCUGUUUAAUGAUAUUACUGCAGGGGAAAUGCCCUCAUUCGGUUUAAAAUGGGAUAAUGAUAUUUUUA